CUUUUAGGGAAUGUACUUGAUCCUAUUCAUUUGUGCUGUGAUAAUCCUGAUUCUGUUUUUUAAAACCUCUGAAAGUACGUUCAAUCUAUGGUUUUGGUCAAAACUUGGACCCACAGAAGAGACCUAUUUCCGCGGAAAAACCGUAUGGAUUGUUGGCUGCAGCAGUGGCAUCGGAGAAGAAAUAGCUUUGCGCCUGUCACAGCUUGAAUGUAGGCUUAUAUUAUCCGCGCGCAGAAAAGAAAAGCUGGACGAUUUGAAGGUAAAAUGUGAUGAAAAACUUUCUAUGCAAACUUCCAUCGUGUUCCCACUGGAUGUGACUAAUUUCAAACAAGUUGCUGAAUGUUGCAAGAAAGUGAAAAUGUUCUUUGGAAAGAUUGAUGUGAUCAUCCUCUGCUGUGGCCAAUCACAACGUGCUGAAUGGAUUGCUGUUGAUUCUAAAGUCGAUGAAGCUUGCUUCCGUGUAAAUGCUCUGGGACCAACGGUACUUGCGCGAGAGUACAUGAAAACUUUGGAUGCGGAUCCAAAUGGAAUCCUACCAUCUACUCAUUUUGUUGUAGUGAGUAGUGUUGCUGGCAUUAUCGGAGCCAUAUUAUCACCAUCGUAUUCAGCAGCCAAGCAUGCUUUGAUGGGAUAUUUCCGGGUGCUGACAGUUGAAUACGCUGCAAAAGGUAUUGAGGUGUCCAUUGUUUGCCCAUCAUUGACAUUUGCUCCGAAUAAUGUGCUGAAUGCGUUUUCUGACGACAUAAACAGGGCGAGUGGCGAAGUGCUCACUGAGCCUACUCCUGCCCACAUGUCAACAGCAAGAUGUGCUCAGUUGAUUUUGUUGGCGGCAGCGAAUCGAAUAGCAGAAUGUUGGUUAAGCCAAAAGGCUUCUAUUCUCUUGCUUUGCUAUAGCAGUCUGCUAAUGCCAGGAAUCACUAAUAGUAUAAUCCAGUGUAUCGGUCUGGAACGAAUCAAACGAAUUCGCACGGGUGGAAGAAGCAAUUGAGAAAAACGAAAAACUAUGCGAUGAUUGUAUACAAGAAGAAAAAGAAACUCUUUAUGUUGCCCAGAUUUCUGCUUCAGGCAUAUUUUUCUGCUGUUUCAACAACGCAAAUCUUUGCUGACAAUGUUUUCAAAAUGCUUGUGCUGACAUCAUUCGGGACGUAAAUAUUUCGAGAAGUUUGAUCCCACAGAACACCAUGAUAUAAUAUAUGCGCUGUGUCGAAGGUGUCGUCUAAACUCUCCCUGGAGUAACCACAGCCCAAUUUUUCUUCGUUCCUGUUGCCUUGUUAUCAGCUUUGUUAUCAUACAUACGGGAUUCUCUGCGUUCUAUGUAGAUUCUUUCUUUGAUGAGCUUAUGCUUGUGAUUGUCGAACUAGCUCUUUUUUGGAAGAUAAAAAUGAG